AUGGGGUCCCAGCUGGCCACCCUGACCCCGCAGGCCACGCCGCGUCCCAUCCCGCAUCCCAUCCUGCAUCCCCCUCAUCUUGGUCAGCUUUGCCAUCGUAAGCUGCCGAUGAAUCUUCAAGGCAAAAAUAAGGUAGUGAGUCCCUUGGAGCACCCAACCUCCUCUGGGAAACAGUUCAAGCUGAGAGAGAGGGAGCCAGUUCCCCGCAGGAUCCCAGAAGCAGAGAAGCCCCAGACAUGGCAUUGCAAAGGCCCUGUGGGCCAGAAGACCCGUGUGCUGGCAAAGCAGUGGUGGCCCCCCAGGGCAGAGGAUUGCCUGCAGGAGACCCGGCCAUUCCUGCCAAUAUCUUGCAAGGCUGAGCAGCCAAGUGUCCUCACCAAGGACCUCAGGGGGACUUUUGCUUACAAAAAGGUGGCAGACGUGCACAGGGCUGUUACAACUCCUGACUCCUGCAACCGUGAGCAGAAGGGCAAGUGCUCAACGUUGCUGGACUUGGAGUCGGAGGACUUGCUUAGUGACUCCUGGGAGGACCUUGAAGAGACCAUCAAGAGCCACAGUGCUGCCCAGGCGCCCUUCAAAGGAGCACACCCCGUGUUCCUGAAGCCCACAUCCUGGGACCACAAGGAGUUGGAGAAGAAAUGGGUGUGGCCAGGUGCUGAGCCGGGCCAGUCGGAGAGCUUCUGUGUGCCGUACCAGGUGGAAAGGCUGCAGGAGCUGCAGCUUGGGGCCCGCGUGCUGUCCACAGCUGUGAACAGCUUCACACGCCACGUAUUCACCUGCGGUGUGGGAGGCCUCAAGGUGUGGCAUCUGGACAGCCAGGGGGCCCCGGCCAUCCUUCCCAGGAGCAACCUGCACUGGCCCGUCCAGACCCCGGGUGCAUACCUGCGCACGUGCCUGCUGACCCCCAAUGGCAGUAUGCUCCUUGCGGGCGGCCACAACAUGCCAGGCGUGAACGUGUGGGACCUGUCGGCACCAUCCCUGAACGAGCCACGCCAGCUGUCCUGCAAGGGGCUCUCCUGCCUGACCCUGGACGCCUGCCCCAAGGGCAGUCUGGCCUUCGCAGGCUUCAGCAAUGGCACCGUCAGGAUCUGGGACCUUCGGGACCCGAAUGUGGUCAAGGACCUCCCUGGCCGGCAGGGUGAGGCCAACAGCAUCGUGGUCAAAGAUGACACCAUCUGGAUAGGGGGCCUGAAUGGCCAUCUGCGGUACUGGGACCUGAGGGCGUCUCAGAUGACCCGGAAGCACCUCUUUAACUCUCAGAUCACGAGCCUGUCACAAACCCCCUGGGAUGACUGGCUGCUGGUGGGUCUGGCCAGCGGGCAGCACUUCCUGCAGCCCACCAUCAGGGGCCAAGCACGCAACGCAGGCCACAAAGAGGGUGCCAUCCUGGGGCUCAAGUUCUCCCCUUUUGGCCAGUGGUGGGUGAGCGUCGGCACAGACAAGCUGGUCACCAUUCAUGGGAUGCCCACAGGGGCCACCGAGUUCCAGAUGCCUGAAAAAGCCUGCAUCACCUGCUGUGAUGUGUCCGCCAACAACCGGCUGAUCAUCGCAGGCGCCAAGGACUGGGUCUCCGUGUACCAGGUCACCUACUGA